GCAAAAAGGUCUGAUGCAACAUUGCAUUGAAUAAAUAUAUAACUAUUCACUUCUCCAAACAGAUCAUAUAUCUCGUUGAGAUCACAAGCAAGUUGAACGAAGUCAUAUUGAUAUAAAAUAUGUCAACAAAAGAAGUAUAUACGUCAGAAAAAAGAGGAAGUGAUGAGACAGGUGACGGUACCAAAGAGAAGCCAUACAAAACAGUGUUGAAGGCGCUUCUAGUUUCUGGUGAACCAUUUCCUAGUCUGUUUGUGGAUGGGCAGGAUGAGCAAACUCCAUAUGAUGCAAUAGCAAAAGCACAAUUGAAAAAGCAGACAAAAUUGUAUCAACAAGAAGAUGAAGAUGCCGCAAAGAGACAGCAAAACAUUGAAGACGCCAAGAAGAUAAAGAUUACGUUAGAUAAAAGUUUACCAACUGCCAUUCCGAUUAAACUUAGAGAUUCAAAAGAACAUAGAGAAAAGAGGGUUUCCAUUAAAGGUUGGGUUCAUCGAAUAAGAAAACAGUCAAAGUCUCUAUUGUUUGUGAUACUUCGCGAUGGAACUGGAUUUAUUCAAUGCGUGCUUAACAAUGAGCUGUGUCAAACAUAUGAAGCACUGUUAUUGACAACUGAAACUUCAAUUCAUGUUUAUGGAACGAUUAAAGAAAUACCAGAAGGAAAGAGUGCCCCAGACGGUCAUGAACUGAUAGUUGAUUACUGGGAAAUCAUUGGGAAUGCGCCUCCUGGUGGAUCGGAUGCCUUAUUGAACGAAGAAGCUCACGUUGAAGUUCAAUUGGACAACAGGCACAUCAUGUUGCGUGGUGAAAAUACAACCAAGAUUAUGAAAAUGCGUUCUGUUGUUUUACAAGCUUUUAGGGAUCAUUACGCAUCCAGAGGAUAUUUUGAAGUUACCCCUCCAACAAUGGUUCAAACACAAUGUGAAGGUGGUUCGACAUUAUUUAAAUUCGAUUAUUUUGGAGAAGAGGCUUACUUGACUCAAUCAUCACAACUGUACUUAGAAACGCUCCUUCCAUCAAUGGGUGAUGUAUAUUGCAUUGCUCAAUCUUACAGAGCAGAAUUGUCAAGAACAAGACGCCACUUAGCAGAAUAUACUCAUAUCGAGGGAGAAUGUCCAUUUAUCACAUUCGAUGAUCUCUUGGAUAGAAUAGAGGAUUUAGUUGUUGAUACCUGUGAACGCAUAAUGAAGUCUCCUUUAAGUCAAUAUGUUUAUGACCUUAACCCUAAAUUUAAGAUUCCUACUAAACCCUUUAAGCGUAUGGACUAUAGCGAAGGUAUAAAAUUCCUGAAAGAACACAACAUAACAAAAGAUGAUAAAACCUUUUAUGAGUUUGGAGAAGAUAUACCAGAAGCACCCGAAAGGGCAAUGACUGACCUAAUUGGUGAACCCAUACUAUUUUGCAGAUUUCCAAAGGACAUAAAAAGUUUUUACAUGAGUCGAUGUCCAGAAAAUAAAGAAGUAGUAGAAGCCGUCGAUAUGCUUAUGCCUGGAGUAGGUGAAAUGAUUGGUGGCUCCAUGCGUAUGCAUGAUUACGACGAACUGAUGGAGGCUUAUAAAGUCAAUAAUUUUAAUCCGAAACCAUACUAUUGGUAUACAGAUCAGAGAAGAUUCGGUUCUUGUCCACAUGGGGGCUAUGGACUUGGUUUAGAAAGAUUUCUAUGUUGGCUUCUCGGCCGCUAUCACAUUCGUGAAGUAUGUUUGUAUCCACGAUUUCGUGAACGAUGUACACCUUAG